AUGGCUGAUGAAGAUACUGCCCCGCCUGUUGCAAACAAACGCUCUCAUUCCGCUGUCGAGGCGGACGAGAACGGCGAUGAAUCCUCUUCCGACGAUGAUUUCGGCCCCGCGCUUCCCUCAGAGAUAGCGCCCAAGAAGAAGCGUCGAAAGCUGCCAUUCGAGAAAGUCUACGUCAAUGCGCUCCCGGCCUCGGCGCGGUACUCCAAAUCGCUCAUGCACAAGGACCAAUUGUCUUUUGUGACGGUUGCACCCUUUACGGAUUUUGUCAUCACCAGUUCAGUGGAUGGAUUUGUCAAAUUCUGGAAGAAAAUGGCCGAAGGCAUCGAGUUCGUCAAGGAGUUUCGAGCUCACCCAGUUGAGACUCGGGGCACGACCAUCAGCGCCGAUGGCCGCAGCUUUGCGACGGCAGGAGUGGACAAGACGGUUAAGAUCUUUGAUGUUAUCACUUUUGAUCUCUUGGCGAUGUAUACCUUGGAGUUCGUACCGCGAUGUGUAUGUUGGGUGCAUCAGCGCGGCGCAUCAUUGCCGCUUCUGGCCGUAACGGAUGAAUCCAGCAGCACCGUUCAGGUCUUCGAUGGGCGCGGCGAGAACCCACAACCAUUACACACAGUGAAGACGAUCCAUCGCAGUCCCAUUGUCUCAAUGUCGUUUAACAGCGCAUUCGACUGCGUUAUUUCAGCGGACGAGUCGGGGAUGAUCGAGUACUGGAGGGCCGGCGAUGGGUCCUUUGAGAAACCAGACAACGUGUUCGAGCUCAAAUCCUCGACCAAUUUGUUCGCAUUCAAAAAGGCCAAGUCGGUCCCUACAGCUAUCACAAUCUCGCCGUCGGGCGAGCACUUUGCCACGGUUUCUUUCCCUGAUCGACAAGUGCGGGUGUUCGAUUUUGCGACAGGAAAGCUCUACCGGACGUACGAUGAAUCAAUAGCAACAAUCACGGAUAUGCAGCAGGCGGGCACGGCGCCGUAUCAACUAGAUGAAGUGGAAUUCGGACGGCGGCUCGGAGUCGAACGGGAGCUUGAGGGCGAUGCAAUGCGCAACAAGGUCAACGUCACUUUCGACGAGUCGGGUCACUUCAUACUGUAUGGAUCCCUGUACGGGAUCAAGUGCAUCAACACCUACACCAACCGCGUAGUGCGAGUCUACGGACGUGACGAGCCGUUCCGGGCUCUGAACUUAGCGCUUUACCAGGGCCAACCGCAGCGAAAGGGUGUGAUGACAGUGUCCAUGGCCGCCAGCAGCAAUCCAUUACUACAGGAAGCCGAAGAGCGCGACCCGAUCCUGAUCAGCACGGGGUUCGCCAAGGUACGCUUCUACAUGUUCACCAACGAGACAGAAGUAUCACGAGCCACCCGCGAUGUACAAAAUGAGAAGCCCGCGCAAGCAGCCGGGGCCGCACCAAGCACCACGAAAGCCGGCGAGACCGGCACUGCCGCCGUCCUGCACACGACCCUGGGCGAUAUCCACCUGCGGUUGUAUCCCUCGGCAGCGCCCCGCGCCGUCGAGAACUUCGUCACCCACGCCCGCCAGGGCUACUACAACAACACUAUCUUCCAUCGGGUUAUCCGCAAGUUCAUGAUCCAGGGCGGGGACCCACUCGGCGACGGCACCGGCGGUGAGUCGAUCUGGGGCGGCGAGUUUGCAGACGAAUUCUCGAGUCUGCGCCAUGAUAAGCCCUACACGCUGUCCAUGGCUAAUGCCGGGCCCAACACCAAUGGUAGUCAGUUCUUCAUCACGACUGAGAAGACUCCCUGGCUCGAUAACAAGCAUACUGUCUUUGGUCGCGCCGUACAGGGACUGGAUGUGGUGCACAAGAUUGAGAAUGUCAAGACGCACAAGGAGAAGCCCGAGGUUGAUGUAAAGAUUGUGAGCAUUAGCGUCUCAUGA